AUGUCGGCUCCUGAUCAAACCGCCAAACUCCACGACCUGCCUGGGCAGGUCAGCAACAAGCUGUCUUACGCACACGAAGAGGGAGAUCUGGACGAAGCGUCCGGCUUGACCCAUGAGGAACUGGCGUUUGUUCGAGAAUUCCCCGAGGACAAGAAGAAAAAGGUCCUUUGGAAGGUCGAUGUGCGGCUGGUGCCAUUCCUGACGCUCUUGUAUCUUUUUGCUUAUAUCGAUCGGGCUAAUAUUGGCAAUGCAAAAAUUGAAGGACUUGUCGAAGAUCUCGGCAUGACAGAUGACCAGUACAGAAUUUGUCUCAGCAUCUUCUAUGUCCCAUACAUCCUCUUCGAGUCUGGUUUCUUCCCCGGUUCAAUCCUCAUCAUCUCCAAAUGGUACCUCCCCAACGAGACGCAAACCCGUAUUGCGGUUUUCUACACGGCUUCUGCUCUGGCUGGCGCUUUUAGCGGAAUGCUCGCGGCCGGUAUCGCCCAGAUGGACGGCGUCGGUGGUUUGGAGGGGUGGCGCUGGAUCUUCCUCCUCGAGGGAAUCGUCACCGUCCUGCUCGGAGUGCUCACCUACUUCUGGCUCAUUGACUCGCCCGCGUUAUCGAGCGGAUGGCUUGAGCCUGAUGAGAUUCGCUAUCUGGAACUUCGCCAGCGCGCAGAUCCGUCUCGACGAGCUAUGGCGCGUGCUAAGAGCGAGGGCAGCGGGUCUGACACUCGCAAGGCGUUGAUCAGUGUCCUUUGCGAUUGGCAAAUUUGGAUGCAUGGAAUCAUCUACUGGUCCAACACGGUGCCGAACAACGCCCUCAAGUUUACCAUGCCGCAAAUUGUCCGCAACAUGGGCUUUGAAGCUACUCGAGCACAACUCCUGACUAUCCCCCCUUAUAUCAUCGGCGCCAUAUCCGCAUUCGUUUCUUCUUGGUUCGCCGACCGCUUCAGCUGGCGUAUGCCGUUUAUUGUUGGCCCGCAGCUCGUCGUCAUUGUGGCUUACUCGGUUCUCUUUGCUAUGGCUGGCGAUAUCACGAACAAUGUCCCCGCCUGCUACUUCAGCAUCUGUCUAGCGUGUCUGGGUUUAUACCCUAUCAACCCCUGUGGUAACGCGUGGAACCUGAACAACUUGGCCGGCCCCUCCAAGCGGGCUAUGGGUAUUGCCUUUAUGCUGUGCAUUGGCAACGUUGGAGGCAUCAUCGGUGGUUUCAUCUACAUUGACAGCGAGAAGCCCAAGUAUCCUACUGGUUUCGGAUCCAGCUUGGGUUUUGUGGCAGCUGGUGUCUUGGCCUGUCUGGUGGUUGAGGCCCUGUAUAAGUAUAUCAACACCCAGAGGGCCAAGAUGACAGAGGAGGAAGUGUUUGCCAAGUAUACGCCCGAGGAGCUGGAUGCCAUGGGUGAUCGAUCGCCAUUGUACAGGUACACACUGUGA